AUGGAACGAGAGAAUCGUCUCGAGGAAGGCCGUUUGGUGAAUGUGAACGCGAAUGCUAUCUAUGAUAUUGCUGUCCCGUUGAUGCCGUCGACUACGGCACCACCUCCAGCACGACAAUUAACCAUUCAGACAUUGGACGGCCACGGUCCUUUCAUUCGUCAUCGUCAGGACACAAUCGCUGCCGAUCUGAUCAAUGGGGCUCGUGUGGUCACUUCGAGAAAGAAACCGAAACAAUUAAAAGAAUCAACAUUUUUGUGGAGUGAUGUCGCGUCGUAUGUCACCACCACCGAGCAACCACCGAAAUUACCCGAAAUGGAAUCGAUGAGUUCCGGAAAUUCGGCAACUGAUGGGGAAGAGGCAAUCGAACUCGUGCAAGAGCUCUCCAAUAUGCCGCCAAUUCCCGAGACAAUUGAUGGAGAACCCAUCGAUUACUUGGAUGGCUCGGACGCGAUCGAUCAACCGGUUGAGAGUCUUCCACCCGGCUACCUCACUAAGGAUACACCCAUGGAUUUCGUUGGCACAGAAAUCGACAACCCAACCACCCCACAUCGCUCCCGGAUGUACGGUGUUGUCGGCUCGUCUCAUGACAAAGAUCGCCAAGUUCGUAAAGCGUUGGAGGAGAAGGAACGCCUUCGACAUUUGCAGAAGCAACGAUUGAAAGAAGCAAGAGAAAGAGAAGAAAGACGAAUUGAAGAAGAAAGAAAAAUGUUGGAAGAGAGGAAAAAAUUAGAGGAGGAAAGACUGAAAUUGGAAAGAGAAGAACAAAAGAAACGAGAAGAAGAGGAGAGGAUUGCGAGGGAGAAAUGGGAGAGACAGUUGCAGGAAAAGAUUCUCGAGGAGCGUCAGAAACGCGAAAAAGCUGAGAAAGAACGGAGACGAUUGGAAGAAGAAAGGAGAAAAGCUGAGGAAAUGAGAAAAGAAGGAAAUCGAGGAGUUGAGGAGGAAGAAGAUCGAGGAGGAGACGAGGAUGCGCGAGGAGAUCGAGAGGAAGCGGCUAGAAGAAGAAAAGCAGCUACACGAGGAGCGAGGGAGGAGAGGGAGAAGAAGCGUCAAGAGGAGGAGCAAGAAAGGAGAAAGAAAGAGGAGGAGGUUCGACUAGAGGAGGAGCGUUUAGCUCGUGAAGAAGCCUCACUGCAACGACAAGAAGAUGAGGACAAGCAGCAAAGAAUACAAGAUGAAGAGAAAAGAAAAGAGAAAGAGAAAGAGAAAAGGGAUAAAGAGAAAAAUGAUGACGAUUAUGAUGAUGAAGAUAAUGAAGGAGAAGAGUCUGAUGAGGAAUCCGACGAGCAACCGUCGAUCAAAGUUCUCCCACCGAUCACUCAAUCGUCAACAAAUGCGGGCUCAUUUGUGCAGAUACCCGUUCACGAGUACGCAUCGAUACUUGAGAAAGCUCAAGGCACCGAGCAACAGGAUCAACUCCGUCUCCAGCAGUUGAUGGCUUUACAGCAAACCCGUCUCCAAUCGGGGGUUUCUCAAUUCUCUCCUUUCCUCGAUUCAGCCUCGAACUCAAAUAAUCCCCUCUACAGCGUUUACAGUUUACCAUUCAAGAAGAAAAUGGUU